GGAAGAGAGAGAGAGAGAGAGAGAAGGGAGGAGGAGGUUGGUGGCGCGGGCGCGGCGGAGGAGAAGCUUCUAGAAGGGCGCCGCCGGGCCGGGAGGGAGCCAGCCAUGGGGGACUCGAGCGGGUCGGUGUCGGUCGAUGUGGAGCGGAUCUCCUUCGGCGGCAAGGAGCACCGAGUCAGAACCAGAUAUGGGUCUGUAUCUGUUUCUGUAUUCGGAGACGAAGACAAGCCGGCGCUCAUAACAUACCCAGACGUAGCUCUAAAUUAUAUGUCUUGCUUUCAAGGAUUGUUCUUCUGCCCAGAGGCCGCGUCGCUGUUGCUUCACAAUUUUUGUAUUUACCACAUCACUCCUCAAGGUCAUGAGUUGGGAGCGGCUCCAAUUUCAUCCGAUGUGCCUGUGCCAUCUGUUGAUGAGCUUGUGGAUCAGGUUGCGGAUGUUCUUGAUUUCUUCGGAUUAGGGUCUGUGAUGUGUUUGGGUGUCACGGCUGGUGCCUAUAUUCUCACCCUCUUUGCGACGAAGUACCGGGAGAGGGUUAUUGGCCUUAUGCUAGUAUCACCUGUAUGCAAAGCGCCAUCUUGGAGCGAAUGGUUGUACAAUAAGGUUUUGUUAAAUUUGCUUUACUAUUAUGGGAGUCGUGGGCUAGUCAAGGAAUGCUUGCUUCAGCGGUAUUUUAGCACGGAAGUUCGUGGGAAUGGACAAGAUCCUGAAUCGGAGAUCGUGCAAGCCUGUAGAAGUUUACUUCAUGAGAGGCAGGGAGCUAAUGUAUGGCGAUUCCUUCAAGUGAUAAAUGAGAGACAUGACCUGACAGACGCGCUGAAGAAGCUUCAGUGCCGGACAUUGAUUUUUGUGGGAGAGAACUCACAAUUCCAUGACGACGCUGUCCACAUGACCACAAAAUUAGACCGGAGAUAUUGCGCUCUAGUUGAGGUUCAGGCAUGCGGUUCGCUUGUCACCGAGGAGCAACCUCACGCAAUGCUGAUCCCCAUGGAGUACUUCCUCAUGGGGUAUGGGCUCUACAGACCUUCCCAGCUCGAUAGCAGCCCCCGGAGUACACUGAACCCUUUCUGCAUAUCGCCUGAACUUCUGUCACCUGAGAGCAUGGGAGUGAAGCUGAAGCCCAUCAAGACUCGGAUCUCGCUUAAAGUUUAGCAUGGGCAGAUGAACCCCUGAUGGCCUGACAAUAUAAUACAGCUCAUGAAGGUGAAGCACACUGCUUGGGCUAAUUGGAACAUGGUCACUGCCACACAAGUUUUGGUACCUCCAGUGAUGCAGCUAAUGGCAGUUUUUUUUCACUGUGGAUCACUGAUAUAAUCUGUAUCGACGGGGUAGGAAAUGUGGGGUGAGUUUGUAGGGAAGGAGGGUGGCUGUUUGUUCAUAUGUUUGUAGUCAGAAACACAUGUAUAUCUCAUCACAUCUUUCCAUACAAAAAAGAGAGGGAAAAUGAUAGAAGCAGAAUUUUGCUGUGAAUUUUAAAGAAACUUUUACAUCUACUACAGUAUUUAACACGUAGCCGUGCUGCCAUCCUUCA